AUGAAGGACCCAGAGGUUUACUACGCGUACGUGUACCAAAUGACCCUCAACGGCUGCCGACUCGGCUUCUACGAACCCCUCCGCAAGACCCUCACAAACGUCGUAUACAGCGACCCAGCCGUCCAAUCCUUCGGCAUUAACCUCUUCGCAGGCGCUUCAUCCGGUGUCCUAGGCGCAGCAGCCGGCUCCCCCUUCUUCCUCGUAAAGACGCGGUUACAAUCCUACUCGCCCUUCUUACCCGUCGGCACACAACACAACUACCGAAACGCCGUCGAUGGCAUGCGACAAAUAUACAGCGGCGAAGGCAUCAAGGGCCUGUACAGAGGUGUAGGACCAGCCAUGGUACGCACAGGUUUCGGCAGCUCCGUACAACUUCCCACGUACUUCUUCGCAAAGAGACGGUUAGUGAAACAUCUGGGUAUGGAAGAGGGCAUGCCGCUGCACAUUGCGAGUAGUACGGCCAGUGGCUUUGUCGUCUGCUGUGUUAUGCACCCCCCGGAUACCAUCAUGUCGCGCAUGUACAACCAGACGGGCAACCUGUACACAUCGGCUUUUGAUUGCUUGAGUCGGACGGUCAAGACGGAGGGUAUCUUUGCGCUGUACAAGGGGUACUUUGCCCAUCUGGCUCGCAUUCUGCCCCAUACGAUUCUGACCCUUACACUCGCCGAACAAACGAUCAAGCUCAUGCGCUUGGUAGAAACCCGGAUAGGCGUCUCAAACGCCAAAGAGAAGAUAUGA